UAGCAUGACACUGUUUCCAACAUCUAGUGAGAACUAAAACACGUUUGUUAAGAAUUUAUUAACAAAAUGAGGAACAUUCCGAUUCCCUCGUCACCGAUUUACUUCAAUAUUGCCGAGUAUUGUUUAUUUGGUAUUACUCUCGGGGUGAUUAUCGGCAUUAUUGUAUACUUUAUGUUUGUGAAUGAUAAUUCUGUGGCCGGUUUUGUAUUUGGUGGUAAAAAUAUGUCUGUGGUUUCUGUGACACUGGCUUUGAUCGCAAGUCACUUAACCAGCAUAACGCUAUUGGGAGUACCUGUUGAGAUAUAUCUACGAGGGACACAGUACUGGGCGUCAGCUCUGUCACUCAUUAUCGUCACAAUUCUGACAGCUUUCAUUUAUUUGCCAGUUUUCCACAAAUUGCAACUUUCAUCAAGUUUUGAGUAUUUGGAAAUUAGAUUCUCAACGCACACGAGAACUAUAGGAGCUGUAUUGUUUGUGGUUAGCAAGUUAAUGUUACUGCCGAUAGUUCCAUACGUUCCACUACUGGCGUUCAGAUUAGUGACAAACCCAUUAGCAAGCCGGAUCACAGCGCUGAUCUGUGUCGUCUGCUCAACAUUUAUAGCGACAGGAGGUCUACGUGCUAUCAUCAGUAUAGGAAUCGUCACCACUUUCCUGUCUCUUGCUGGAACUGCCUUACCCAGUGGACUGGCUUUGUUGCCAAUGGGCUUCAAGCGAAUGUGGGAAAUAGCAGAAAAUGGAGGCAGACUCGUUUUCUAUGAUGCUGACCCAGAACUAGCUCAUCAUACAUCAUUCUUCGUAGUUACACUCGCAUUGAGUACAAACUGGCUUUGGAAAGUGGCUCUCAGCCAGUCUUCCUUACAGAAACUUCUAGCGGUACCUACAAUAAAUAAAGCAAGAAUUUGCUUGGCGGUUUCCUGUGCGGGCGUGAUUCUUAUGAAGCUACUCUCCUGCUUCCUUGGGCUUGCGCUGUACGCCUGGUAUGCUUCAUGUGACCCGUUGUUGACUGGACAGAUAAAGAAACAUGAACAAUUGGUGCCACAUUUUUUGAACAAGUUAGCCACAAUGUUUCCAGGAAUAUGUGGUAUUUUCAUCAUUGCCAUAUUUAGUGCAUCUACUGGAUGCAUAGCAUCAAUAAUAAACUCAGUUGCCGGGGUAAUGUUUGAGGAAUUUAUUCGACCGUGGAUGCCCCAACAUACCAGUGAACUAACCUGUUGCAGGAUUAUGAAGCUACUUUGCCUGUUGGUUGGAAGUUAUUGUGCUGGAGUUGUGUGGAUGGCUCAAGAGCUGGACAAGCUCCAGCACGUGGCUUCUGGAGUCACAGGAGUUACUGCUGGCACUCUACUAGGGCUCUUCACUUUGGGCACUGUCUUUUCCAGAGCUAAUUGUUCAGGUGCGCUGAGUGGAUCUUUACUAAGCUUGGUUCUGUGCGGCUGGCUACUAAUAGGCGCUGAAAACGCUUUGGCUACGGGUGCAUUGACCUUUCAAGGCAAGCCUCUGCUUACUACGGGUUGUGGGAAGGCGAAUUAUACGCAUGUCUUCAAGAAUCUCACGACUGUUGUGCAUAGUGCAACGUCCCAAUUGAAGACAAAACCCCUGCAAUCUUUAUUUCGUAUUUCAUUUACAUAUUGUCCUUUCGCUGGUGCCUUGACAGUUCUACUAAUAGGAGUUCCAAUGAGUUACGUAACCGGGAAAUCUAAAACAGAGUCAAUGAACCCUGAUGUAUUUUGUCCAUUGACACAGAGCUUCCUUCAUCAUCUUCCUGACACGAGUUCUGCUCCAUCAAUAGAAACCAGGGCUCCCAAUUCACAGGAAGUAUACAUGGCGCUAGAUGAAGCUCUGAAACAUUUAAAAGAAGUUAUUGAUCGGUAAUAUAAUUAUAAAAUAU